UAAACGCGAUGGCGGUGCAGGUGCAUCAAGAAAGCACGGAUACGGUCCGCGGUCUAUAUUUGAAUAGUGUCACUGCACUGUAGCCAGUGGUCAUUGUAUUUGAUUAGUGAAUUUAUACGGUAACUUCCCUAUCUCUCAGCCCACCAGAGCUUCCGUAUUAACUGAGUUUCUCAGUCUACCCUGGCUGGAUUUUUGACUUUGUAAAGCUAUGCGGUCAAUUCCGGAGGAGUUAACGACGCUUAUUUCAGAUCUUGAAGAUUUCCUCUUCGAUGGUCUGAAAGGAGAGAAUUUGAGUAAGAAGGCAAAGGAGAAAAGAGAAGCCUUCAUAAAGCGGAUCAAAGAGGUCAAAUCUGGAUACCCUCAAGAGUUCAACGAGAAUCGAGAUGCAGAGGACUCGGAAGAGGAUGAAGUGGAGGACAGCAACAAUGAUGGAGGGUCACUGCAUUCAGAACGCACAGAUAAGGAGGAUGAGACCUGUGAAGGUGCUCAGCAGUCUCUAGCCGUGGCAGCUCAGGACCUCCAGUCUGUCUUCAAGGCCGGACACCUGGAGAAACGCAGGAAGGAUCACAGCUUCUUUGGCACAGAGUGGCAGAAGAGAUGGUGCGCUUUGAGCAACCAGACAUUCUACUACUACGGCAGUGAGAAAGACAAGCAGCAGAAGGGCGAGUUUGCAAUUGAUGGCUACAGUGUCAAGAUGAAUAACACCCUGCGAAAAGAUUCCAAGAAAGAUUGCUGCUUUGAAAUUUCUUCCUCUGACAAGCGAGUAUAUCAGUUCUGUGCGUCAUCUCAGAAAGAGGCAGAGGAAUGGGUGGAGCAGAUAGAUUUUGUGUUGAGAGACAUGUCAGGGGUCAUUCCAUUGGACGAGGAGGAUCAAGAGACAUACGAUGACAUUGGCGCUGUCGAGGCGGCGCCUAUUGACGAUGACAUCUACGAAGAACUCCCAGAGGAGGACAUGUCCUCUCCUCCCUUGCCCACACCUCCAAAGCCCAAGGUGGAACCACCCACGCCACACAGCAAACCCACCCCACCCACUACAGCUGCAGUGAAUAAGAUCACAGACUACCAGAACUACUAUCAGGGGAUAUGGGACUGUACAGGAGAUCAACCAGAUGAACUGUCCUUCAGACGGGGAGACGCCAUCUACAUCCUCAGCAAGGAGUACCAGAACUAUGGUUGGUGGAUCGGGGAGAUGAAGGGGUCUGUUGGCAUCGUUCCUAAAGAGUACCUCAUGGAGUUGUACGCCAUUUAAAGGCCUGAGUAGUGUUUUUGUGUUCUGUUUCAGGGCAUCUAAAUCCAAUCAUCUUCCAUGUGAGAUGCAUGGAAACAGACCAUAUCUGAAAAGGACACUGAACUAAGCAGCAAAGCCAACUGUCUGUAGCAAAAUGAAAAAUAUCAGAUGCAUGUUGUGUCCAUCUUGAUCUCGCUAAGCGCUUUAAGGGGUUGUCUCGGCAGAUUGAGUUCAGUAAACUGCUUUGGUUUCAUUUAUUAUCGCCGCAUUUCACCUUUUGAUACAGAGUCUUUGUAUUGUGAACUGUCUAGAAUGAAUCGCUUAUGGAGUCUUUGUAUUGUGAACUGUCUAGAAUGAAUCGCUUAUGGAGUCUUUGUAUUGUGAACUGUCUAGAAUGAAUCGCUUAUGGAGUCUUUGUAUUGUGAACUGUCUAGAAUGAAUCGCUUAUGGAGUCUUUGUAUUGUGAACUGUCUAGAAUGAAUCGCUUAUGGAGUCUUUGUAUUGUGAACUGUCUAGAAUGAAUCGCUUAUGGAGUCUUUGUAUUGUGAACUGUCUAGAAUGAAUCGCUUAUGGAGUCUUUGUAUUGUGAACUGUCUAGAAUGAAUCGCUUAUGGAGUCUUU